AUAUAAAAGGGUUUCGUACUUUGAGAUUCUGCAUUCAGCUGCAAGAAUCGGAUGUCUUCGGAAGUGAAGUCCGUGCUUGCAAUGUUUUCUCUCCUGCUUUUGUUUUUAUGUGCCGUAGUCAAUGUGCUAUCGGAUCCAGCUAUUUCUCUAAGCCGAUGCCAAGCCAAUGAUGACGAGUGUGUCACCAAUGCUGUCAAUGCUGCAUAUCCACUGAUUCUUGACGAAAAUCCUGACGUUGGUGCUGAAUCCUUGGAUCCCAUGUACCAGCCAGAAAUUGAAGGGAAUCUGUCCAUAUUGAAGUUCAAACUCUUCAAUACAACCAUUACAGGAUUCAAAAAAUGUGCCGUUGAGAGUGCGAAGUACGAUGAUGAAAAACAGACUCUCCAUCUUGAUGCUGCCUGCGGGGGUUUCACUCUGAGUGGCCAAUACGAUAUCAAUGGCCGGCUUAUAAUUCUCCCAGUUGAAGGAACAGGCGACUACAGUCUUAUUACAAGAAAAUACCGUCUUAUAAUCGAUCUGGAUUUAAAAACGAUAACGGGCAAGGAUGGGAAAUCCUACAAAAUUGUGAAGAGUUUCAAACUUGAAGCGGAACCAUUAGAACCAGUUGUUUACGACUUUAGAAAUCUAUUCAAUGGACAGAAAGACUUAGCCGAUGCUGUCCUGAAGUUCGCCAAUGAAAACUGGAAGGAAGUCGCUCAUGAAGUACAGAGCCCCGUAUUUGUAGCAAAUGUCAAGAAAAUUGUGAAAAACGCCAAUAAAUACCUAAAGUCUAUCCCAAUAGAUGAAUACUUGGCGUAAUGAAGAAUAAUAACCUAUGAUUAAUAGAAAAUUGACCAAAGGAAACUAUGGAAUAUGUUAUUAUGAUGAUUAAAGCGUUUUU